UCUGACCUGGGAGCCGUUAGGUGGGGAAGCCAUUGGGGGGCCGGUCAGGGGGCUGUACAUCUCGAAGGGGAGUUGAGGAAUCCGGGGACCCCUGGGAGUGCAGGGGGGGGUUGAAGGCUCGGGCCCCUAGGAGUGCACGGGGCCCCCCUAAAAGUAGAGCCAUGGCCACCCGGCGUUUAACAGACGCGUUCUUGUUGUUGCGGAACAACGCGAUCCAAAACCGGCAGCUGCUGGCCGAGCAAGUGAGUAGUUACAGCUCCUCCAGCCCUCUGAAUUCACGUAGCAUGGCUGCUGCGGAGCUGGAUGAGCUUGCUGAUGAUCGCAUGGCACUAGUAUCCGGGAUCAGUUUAGAUCCUGAAGCAGCAAUUGGUGUAACAAAGAGACUACCUCCCAAAUGGGUUGAUGGAGUGGGAGAAAUUCAAGAUGAUAUCAACAGGAUUAAACUGAAGAUGAAAGAAUUAGCCAGUCUUCAUGACAAAUAUUUAAACAGACCUACUUUGGAUGAUAGCAGUGAAGAAGAACAUGCAAUAGAAAUUACUACCCAAGAGAUCACACAGCUAUUUCACAGAUGCCAGAGAGCAGUGCAGGCCUUGCAAAGCAGGUCACGUAAUUGUACAGAACAAGAAGAACGUGUUCUCAGAAAUGUAGUGUCUUCCUUAGCACAGUCCCUUCAGGAACUAUCCACCAACUUUAGGCAUGCACAGUCUGACUAUCUCAAACGCAUGAAGAAUCGAGAAGAAAGAUCCAAGCAUUUCUUUGACACAUCAGUCCCACUUAUGGAUGAUGGAGAGGACAAUACUCUUUAUGACCGGGGUUUUACAAAUGACCAGUUAGCAUUGGUGGAAGAAAACACAUUAAUGGUGCAGAUUGUACAAUCAAUCUCUGAUCUUAAUGAAAUAUUUAGGGACCUUGGAACAAUGAUAGUGGAACAGGGUACAGUGCUGGACAGAAUUGACUACAAUGUUGAACAGUCGUAUAUAAAAACUGAGGAGGGAUUGAAACAAUUAAAUAAGGCUGAGCAAUAUCAGAAGAAGAAUCGGAAGAUGCUUGUCAUUUUAAUUUUAUUUGUAAUAGUAAUUGUCCUUAUUGUUGUCCUUGUUGGUGUAAAGUCACACUAGGUAACAGUUCUAUGAUUUUCUUAUUUUUGUGUGUAUGUAAUUUUUUUCCUACUCUGAAAGGAUGGACCUGCACUCCAGAAAGUUGCCUUUGAAUGUAUAAGCCCUACUGGUUUUAAAGUCCGUGCAGUGUUUCAGUAGAACUCUUCGCUAUACAUGCUUCGGUGAUAUGAGAGGUGUUUGUAAAACUUGUACAGAAAAUGUCAGGACAAUUUAUAAGGCUACCAAAUUGGUCAUCCAGUUCUUUAUCCAAACACUUGGAAUACUGUGCAGUAUUUUAAAAAAUAUGGAAAAUAAGAGUAGAAAUUUACAAGAAAGAACAAUAAUUAGUAUUUUACUAUGUGCAAAAAAGCGCUGUUCUUUGUGUCUUACAUUGCAAUUUUGUAAACUAGAAAGGUUUUUAUGGGACUAUGAUUUAGAGGUUAAAUGCCUUAAAAGAUGCACAAAAUUCUAACUGAUUUCACAUAUUUUCUCCAAAUUUUUAAAAAAUAUAUUUGAAUUGACUAUUGAAAAAGAAACCUCUUAAAACAGAGCAUAAUUCAACCCCUGUGAUCUGAAUUUAGAUUUUGCACCAUUAGUAAUGAUCAAGGUAGUAUCUGAAAGUGUACAUAACAAGACUUAAUCACUGGUAUAAUCUAACAUGUAUAAUUAAUUAAAGUGACUUCCUAAGCCUAAAUAAUCAUAGGGAUAUUUUUUCCUUAUCAAAAGAUCAUGCACAAUAUUUCUAUUGCAAAUGUAUUGGUUAUAUUUAAAGUACAUUUGGCUACAUUAAAAUGGUUUUAAUGGUUAGAACUAAACCUGGAAGAGAGAGGAAAUUCUCCUUCUAGCCUCCUGUAUCUUUCAUUUAUUUCCCUCCAUCAGGUGUCCCACAAGUAGCUCCAAACAUUUACAGUACAUCUAGCCAUGCACUCAAUCUACAUGAGUAUUUCAGUAUUGGUAUAAUAUGUAUUGCAGUCAUUGCCCCGGCCAGACUUUUUCAGGGACAAGUUUAAGGUGCAGUAUUGAUCAUGACUCAAAUUCUGUACUAGGAUUUUUGAUUUGCUGUGAAUUGGCAGCAGUGCAAUUUGCUAUAGAUCAUGUAGGGGAGAGAGAGGAAAAAUCUUGAGCAGUGGAAUAUUAAUGGUUUAAUAUGGUCCAAAGCGGUGUUCAAUUUUAGGGACAUUACCUUACUGUCUUUAACAAGGCUUUUCUGUAUUGAAGAUUUGGUUUUUCUAAGGGGCUGUAGCUUGUGUUAAUGGCCACUUUCUGUUCUGAUUUGGCCAGUGGUCUGCAUGUGCUUGCACUGAUGUUGUGCCCAAAGCCACUGAAGCUCAGAUACACAAUAUAAUGAGUCUAAAGUUGUACAUGGGGGAUUAGGAUCUUCUGUCCAUAUCAGUGCACAGACCUUUUCAUGCCAUCCACCAACCCCUACUUAACCUAGUAAUGAUGAUAUGUAUGGGUCUUCCUUGGCAUAUUAAGAUAUGGCUCUUUUAUAAAGUAUUUCUAGCUAGCUACCAUAUAGAGCUUCCUUUGACAAGAUCUUCAGUCAGUAGGGGGAUUAGGAUAUCUGUUUACUCACUGGAAUAUUUCAGUUUCAGUUCCAAGUCUCUAGUUGUCAUAUAUGUCAAUCAAACAGGACAAAUUGACUCUCGUGGAAAGAGAUCUACUAAUGAAGAGGCUAUUCCCUCCUUCCUGCUCCGCCAACCCCUCCCCUCCUCUGAAGAAUUGCAGUUAGUAGCUGCAAGGCAGAGGAGGUGCAUGGAGGGACUUGAUAAUGAUUAGUCCCAAUAAUGGUUGUUUUCUAUAUUAAAAAUGGAGAAUAUAUUGUAGGCUAAAGAGAUAGUCCCUAGCAUGUGCUUAAAUUACUGUCUUGCAAGAUGAAUGUGCCAGGGAACUUUCUUGGAACUGGACUAAAUUUCACAUUUUCUCAGUCUCCCUCAGUUGGGAGAAACAUUUGUUGUCCUUUAUGAAUCAGGCAGAUGAUAGGAGACUAAUGGGAAUGUGGCUCAUUUAAGUUUCACAACUGGCUUAGUGAGGGCCAAAUCCAUAAUACAAAGUAGUGUAUGAAAUGGAAAAUAAUUCUGAGCACAUAGUUGGCCUUCCAUGCAGCACCACUACCCACAGAGUUACACACUCUACAGACAUUUGGAAAUCUUGCUGAUUAAAGUGUCACUUCUGAAUACCUCAUUCCUUGGGCUGAGCGCAUAUUUAGAAAAUGCAUAUUCGAUAUGGGGAACAGGGCAAAAUAAAUGUGUUGGGUGACUGGAUGGUUGUUUGGAUUGGUGCUGGAAUAUGAGGAGCCAUUCACCAUAUAGGUUAUUGGUUGAAAUCUGCUCCAAGUUGGUAGCAACCUUUAGUCACUUUCACCAGAUGGAUAAUGCAUGGCCUGUGUGGAAUAAGAUAAUUUCAGGCCAGUUUCACAAACUGGCAUCAAUUGGGACAUUCUGCACAUUUUAAAUGAUAGGCUAGUGAGACUGGACUAUCAUCCGGCCAUGAAAUGUGAGACACUGGGAAUCCAGGCUCUGUUUCUA